GAUUCCGAGGUUGCACCUAUUGCAACCGACACCUCGAGCAAAGUCAAAAGGUACUUGUAUUGGUUUCAUGGAAGACUUCUACCACUUCACUCAUAAUUUCAUCCAGGUACAGUAUGUAGAGUCCACAACUGCUCCAUAAGUACUGAUGUUUUUUACGUAGUUCCCCCUCCCCACCCGAUGUUGACGAAAAGUCGUGUACAAUAUCCCCCCAUCAGAGCAGUUUUUUACGAAUGUUCUUCCCGGAAAAAUGAUCAUCUCUUGAGAUAAUAUCAAGACAACUUCUUCAUCUUCUUCCAACCGCCACGACUAAACAACGGGGAAGAAUCAGAAUAAGCUAUGGUCCCGGCGCCGGGUGUUUUACUGCACCACCAUGCGUCCCGGAAGACGCUGCCGGACCGCGACUACCACCGCACAAGCCGGCUGUGCGGGACCUACGGCACGCAGCUCUGCGGCAAUGUGCCCUCCAACAUGGCCCAGUUUAGCGAGUACGAGCGGCCGAAACAGUUUCCCUUCGACGUCGACAGCAGAACAAGCGCGUUAGUAAAAGCGAGCAACAGCAAAGCGACCAGCCGAAGCAAGAACACGGACGUGGGUAUGGAUUGCAAAUAUGUCUGGGUCUGGAAGAGUUGGAACUUGUCAUGCGAAUUCUGGAAUAGGCAAAAAUUUGUAUUGCAUAAGCACCAAAAGCUUCCCAUUUCUUGCUACGCAAAUAGGGAAUUUCUCAUGCGGGAUAGACAUCAGGAGGCCUGCGCAGAUCCUGUACUUAAUGCUUUUGCGUGCAUUAGAGACCAGUUGCGUGAUCCAGAAGAUGCAUGACAAACUCCUGCAAUCUUCCAGACCCAGACACUUUUGCAUUUGAUAGUGGGUUCCACAGCGGCAGGUCGCGCAGGCGAUUUCGAUAAUUAUUGUAUUACCGAUGUUGAAAACUUUAACCAAAACGACGAGAAACUGCCGGCUGGUUGUACGUCCCAGCACCCGUACCCCUUCCACACCAACCCGCUGACCGGAACCUCCGCCCAGCGAUUGCCCAUUUGGUACGGCCGGGCGACUACGCAUUGCCAAAAUGUCUGGGUCUGGAUGGUUGGAACUUGUAGUGCUAGCUUUCCAUACCUAGAAAAUCUGUAUUGCAUAACCAACAAAAGUCGCAACCUCUUUUGUACAUGCAAAGACGCAGUUUCUCAUGCGGAUUGCCUGUGAGAAAGCGUUCUGGAAAGUUGUCAUGCUGGGUUGCAUUCGGAACUGAUCGUCCACAUUUUAGCAUCACAAGUUUCCAGACCCAGACAUAUUUGCAUUUGAUAGCGACACAGCUCGCGCGGGACUGCGAAUCGCCGCCGCCGGACGAGCAGCGGGCGCGGUAUCAUUUGUAAAAACGUUCCCACCUCCCCAGAGUUGUCAUGCAGAUUUGCAAUGACAGGAACAUUUGUAAUGGGCAUCCCCAUUAAAGGAAUUUGUAGUCGUGUUUUGGCAUUUGUAAUGCUGUAACCAGGAUAAGCAGAUGGAUUUCUGAUGCGUUUGCCAUUGCUGACCUGCACUACACUAUGGACUGGAACUUAUGAUGCAUGAGUCCCAAAACUUCCAGGUUUGUGUUGCAAAAUCCCCAUCUUGACUCUGGUGUGGGGACGUUUUUACACAGGAUACGCGGGGCAUGUUGUUCGGCGGGCUGCAGGUCAGAAGUGGUCUCGCUAUGCAAGAAAACAACCGGGCUCGACGUCCUGAAGAAAGCGAGACUGAGAACACCGCGCGGCACGGCAGCGGGGGGAGCCCGCCGCGGUUGGGCGUGCCGUGGAGCAGAAGGGAGGUGGAAGAGUGGAACCAGAAGAGCGUGGCGGCGAAAAAACAAAUCCUGCACAACGCACAUAUGGAGUUCUCAAAUGUUACAUUCUGAACUGUUACAUGAAUUUGUAAUGCAAGAACGGCCAAAGUGAAAGGGGGAAGAUUGCUCCUAUUGCAUUACAAAUUCCGCACAGAUUUACAUGUUGUUUGGCCCUCCAGGGAUUUUCCAUGCGAGGUAGCUUUACCGUCUGGUGGCUCAUGGUGGUUUUGCAUGACAAAUCAUGUAACAGUUGAGAAUGUAACAUUUGAGAAUCCCAUAGCACACGCGGACCUGCUCUCCCCCUACGAAAUCAGGACCAACUCGGGAAGUCGAGCGGCUAGUUAUCAAAGAGAAAAAUCCCCCCUCCCCAUAUCGAACAGGCACGUUUCCGAAAAUUUGCGUUGCUGAUUUGAGGUCACAAAUCGCACCUGUCUUGCAAGAAGACAAGGGCAGAAGCUUCCGCCCCAUUAUGGAAGCGAUUUGUCAUGCUGUUGGGCCUAAAGGGAAGCCGUUUGCCAUGCUGAACAACUAGACCCAUACGCCCCUACCUAGCCUGGGGAUCUGGCCGCAGUGCCUCUCUGCAAUACAAACCUGAUUUGUGUACACAAAUCCAGCGUCGCAAAUUCCGUUUUGAUAUGGGGAGGGGGGAUUUUUCCUCUCAAUACUAGUCCCAGAGGGCAACUUGUUCCACAGGGCGGUAGUAGUUGUACUAAGAAUUAUGGUGAGACGACCACGACGGGUGCGACUUUAUCUUCUCUCAAUGCCGUUUCAUCUAGUAUAACUGGUGGUAGCAAUGGCCAGGUCGAAGAUGCAGAAACAAGCAGCAAAAUGAAUUCAGGAGAAGCUGCGGCAAAAAAGGAUGAUGGGAACUACACGAAGAUGAACACGAUUAAGAGCACCCAUGAUUCUGCUGCGGCCGGCAGAAAUAAUUUUCAUCAUAUCACACAGAAAAAAGCUGGCAGGGCAUUACUAUCUAUUAUAUUCAUGCGAAAAAAGAGGUCUACAGAGGGUUGAAGGGAGGUGGCCGAGAGGUCAAAAAGAGGUCAACAGAGGUCAAAAAGAGGUCGACAGAGGUGGAGAGGUGGCGCGGGAGGUCGUUCGGGAGGGUGGCCGAGAGGUGGCGCGGGUAUAGCCAGCCGAACCGUUCACCCUAAAGCCGCGCCUAUGGGGCCCGGAGGUGGCCGAGAGAGUCCCGAGAGGGUAGGCGAGAGGGGGACAGAGGUGCCGAGAGGUUGCGCGAAUAAGGGCGAACCUCUCGCGCACCCUCCUGGCCACCUCUCGGCCACCUCUGUAGACCUCUACUGGCGAGUAUAGCUGGACUAUUAGCAGCACCUCUCGGGAGAGGUGAAAAAGAGGGUCUGCGAGAGGGUCAAAAAAACCCGAAUCCCCCCGGCACGCGACCGGUGUUGUUUGGGCCUUUUCAUCGCGCAGGCCCACACCCUUUCGCGCUACCUUCUCGCGCUACCCUCUCGCGCCACCCUCUCGCGCGACCCUCUCGCGCUACCCUCUCGCGCCAACGAUUUCCGCCGGGAAGCAAAUAGGGCGGGGGCGUGUGGGUGAUCAAAAAAGGGCAGCGCGGCCCCCGUAUUGCUUCCUUCGGCGCCUAUGAAUGUCGAGUCAGCUUCUCUUCGCCCCCAAGCUUCGCUGCAGCUGCUCUCUGCGCAUAGCCCCUGCAGGCGCGGGAAGCGCGCAGGAGGCCCUGCGGGUUGACAUGGCGAAAACCGAGCCAGUAGCUCCCUCGGUCUGUAGUUGCGCUGUGUCCAAAGCUCCGGCGCUGCGGUCCAGCCCGCGCAUUGUCCUGCCCCGCCACAACAGCCUUGCGCUCCGGCGUUAGCCGGAGCAUGGCUGGUAUUUGUAAUGCAAAAAUAAAUACGCAAAAAAAUCUGUAUUGCAUACCCGAAACAGCAUGCUAUGGGGCCACCCAUGGGAGAUCUUUCUGUGUAUUUAUUUUUGCAUUACAAAUGUGACCUGCCAGCUUUUUUCUGUGGGAUACAUCAAUCCAGCUACGCACUGAAUUUCACCCGGUACCACGACCAGGAGCUGACAGCCAACCGCGAUUUGCCGAAGAAUCCAGACUAUCAACUGCAAAUGAGCCUGCGUCCGGAAACUGACUCACAACACUUCUUUCCAUGCACGUUUUGGAUGAAGACCCGUGAUGUCGGCAGUGCAUAGCUAAAACAUGAUCAGAGAUUUAUUUUGUGAGGGCUAGCUGAUGCCGAUACUGCAUGGGAAAUGCCCCCUCUGCGUGACAAAAACGCGACUUCUGUUGCUGCUCACUCAAUACAGAUUUUUGGAGAAUUAAACAAGGGCAGCAUCAUGAUCCAAAGGCAGCAUCAUGAUCAUGGAGAAUUAUCCAAAGUAACGAUGUAGAUGCAGGAGACGUAUUUGCAGUGCAUACCCACUUCUCGAUCCUCCGGUCACCGCGGUUCGUCGAAAAGGGCCAGUUCACGGGGCCGUAUCUACUGUUGAUUUGUUUUUUCAACACUACAGCAAUUAUGAACGAUGUUGCUGGAGGUACACCAGAAAUCGAAAACUAGCCCGGCGAAACAAUCAACAAAGCAGCGACCUCCUCUACGAGCCUGUGCUGGUCACUUCUUCCUUUCUCCAACAGCUACAAGAAUCAAUCUGCAACCAUGGGGGGUCGUUCGAGGAACAAAGAUUAAUGGAAAAACGCCUUCUCUCUUCUAUGCUUUUCAGUGCUGACAGAGGUUCUUCCACAAGUCUAAGUAUCUUCACCCCCGCACUUGCCGGGCGAUGCCAGCAAUAAUUCCACACACAAAAUAAUGGAACUUCUUUGCGUUUUGCAAUAAAGUAAACUUUAGCUUAUUGAACAGAAAACAAAUUCAAAUACAGAGGCGACGUUACGGAGCCGGGUUCUCUGAUGCACCAGAAACACAUGAAGAGCUCCCUCGUGCGCGACACAUUCUACGAGCGUGCCGCGUCCGCCCGGGCCUGGGAAGUUGCAGAGCUGUUUAUGACAUUGAAAAAUAUUUUCAUGUUCUUCCUCGUUCUUCUCGUUGAAUCGCGACAUCAUGUUUUUGUCAUGCAAUAAAUGCACAAGUACACACCAAGAUUUUUCACAACACGAGGACGAGGAAGGAGAUUUCAGCUUCAUAGUUGCGGUUAGCGGACUGGAUCCGUACGAGGACGAGCAGACCGUGAAAACGUACUAAAAGAAAUUUGUAAAAAUCAUGCUUUGUGUACUGAUGUACGUACUUAUGCUCUUUUGUGCAUGAGAGAUGAGCACUGUCAUGCGAAGGAUGAUUUGUAAAAGUACGUGUGAAGAUGAAGAUCUCACGCCCGCGCUUGAAAUUGAUUUCAGAUUCAGGCGCCUCAGUGCUUGACAAGAAAAAUUGAAAUCCAUUUAUUGACAGGAAAUGCCGGGGAUUCGGGUGCCACAUCGUGAAAGUGAUGCUGGAUUUGGAUCCUGUGUUUAGGAAAGAGAAAAUCAGUUCAUCUGGUGUGCUUACUUACAACGUGCCUGCAGCUGUGGUCUCCUGGUCAUGACAAAAAAAAUUGUGGAAAGGCGAUUGCGCUUUUUUUACGCGACGACAGAAAAGAACAAGAAGUGUUUAAGUAGUACAACAUCGUAAGUACGCCUUCGACACCAGCUGAUUUUAUUUCCCUUCAUACCAGCGAACAGGUGUAAAGGGCGGGCGAAGCUGAUUCUGCGCUACAACCCGGACGAGAACGAUUUAAACGGAUUGAUCGACAAAAUCCAGGCGCACAUUGGCUGGCACGUGCUCUUCCUCGGGGACGAAGCUUGA